GCCGCGCGUUUUUUGUGAUGUCGUACUGAUACCUCUCUAGUACUGGAAAAUGAUUGAACGCGAAGAUCGCGUCAUAGUUAGAACAAACUCACGCGACUUCCUAGCCAGUUCUGUCACUUCUUUCACGAGUGUUGAAACCACCGCUCCUUACAUUUCAUCUUGUAGCGACUUGUAUUCGACCUCUUUCUACAGAUUCACGACCUUGAAGACAUACACAGCUCGCAUCAACGACAUCAUUGUGCUUCUAAGCCAUGGCCGCGUCCUCCUCAGUGAAAUACCUGAACCCGCGCCACCCGCCCUACGGGUACCAGCAAGGAGCCUCGUCCAGUAGAAGUUCUUCCAGCCGUGGUAGCAGUGGCUCAUCUUACGGAAGAGCGACAGGUGGAGCAUCAUCUUCCUCCUCAAGAAGCUCCUCCGCACGCCUCGCUUCGAACAACCUCCAAAACGGAGCACUCAUUUCGUCUUCGAAUUCUAGCCGGACUUCUAGUGGUAGAUCCAAUUCUACUGCCCCUCCCACAGGCCCUCCCCACACCUCCCGUCGCUUCCCCAUGGCUCCCCCGGCAUACCCACCGGUCAAGUACUUGACGCAAGACAGCAACGGUCAGCCGAUUCCGUUAGCGAGUUCUGCUUGUGGGUCGAGCAAACUGAAAACAGAUGCAACGAAAAAUGCCGGAACAAGCAAGCAAAAUCCUAAACCCUUAACCGUGUCCAAGCUUCUGUCCUCCGGUAAAAAAGAUUUCACGACCUUGAAGUGUGACCGGUGCAACCAAAUUGUCAUCAAAGAGGACGAAAAUGAAGUGGUCACCGCGCCAGAGGGGCAUUUGGUGCACCGACAAUGUGGUACGAUUUUUCGGAACCAAACUUCCAGUUUGCAGCAACCGAAAAGUCGGGGUGAUGGUGCUGGUUCAUCGUCGCAGCAAGGUGGUUUUUCCUCCUCAACCUCCUCGCGGGGAACUACUGGCGCUUCUGGUGCGUUUGGCAACUUCUAUUCCUUUUUCGGAUCUUCAAGUAGUUCUUCUUUUGGCCAAAAUGGAAGCGGAAGUAGCAGUUCCAAUGCUUCUUCCUCAUCUUCUACGAGCACGAGAAAUUCCACCAACCCCCGCCAGUGGACAAACGUGCCUGAGACCUCAACCGCGACGAGAGUAACGGGCACUCCGGUCACAAAGCUUCCGUCGAAAGCGCCGAAUACAGUUGGGGAAAACAGAAACACUAGCCAAAAUGUAGUAGUAGCUCCUCCUCGUCAAGGCGUGGACAACCUUGAUACAACCAGCACUACAUCUACAUCUUCCGCAGCGGAUCUUCUCCGGGGUCAGCACGCACUGUUGAAAUCGCUCCACGCCUGCGGGUUUUCGUCUGGACAGGACAAGAUGAGUUCAGGCUCAGGUUCAUCGUCGUCUUUGAGAGGAGGUGGUCAUGGGAUGUUACAGCUAGUACCGAACAGCCCGCCGAGAACUUAUCCCCGCCCGAACAAUCCAAACGCGGGGGCCUCACCCGACUUGUUCAAGAUGAAACCCAGUCCGAUUGGGAGCAGCAGAAAUCCAAACUCGAAUUACCAAAUGCCGUUGAUACCGAAUCAUGUUCCUGUUCAAGAAACAAGUGACACGGGUGCUGCUGGACGAGCGCAGGUGUCGGUGUCCUCUCGUGCCGGUUCCGGUUGUGCAAUCGCAUCAGCACCAAAUAACUCUUCCACCACCACCACCUGUUCUUCCACCGAGACGAAAAACCUUCUGCAAUCUUUGGAAGAGCGGGAGAAAGAGGAGGAAGCGGCCUACGCGGCGAUGGACGAGGACGAUUUUGCGCAGUUGGAAAAUCUGCAGCUCCUGGACAAUUUUGGCGAUGACAGCAUGGACGUAGAUUUUGACGAGAGUACUGGUAGUAACUUGCAACAGGAGGGGCAACUUGGUGCUGACCUGCAAAGCCCAGAGACCUGCGAGUCGCCCUCUCCUGCUCCUGGUGCAGAACUGCAUGAACAGCUGCUAAUUACAAAGGGUACUAGUAGUACAACUCCUCCGGAACGUCGAGAACAGGAGCAAAACAAUACGACUACGAGAAAUACGCCCGCGGGUUCCUCUACUCCUAGACUUGAGACGAGAAGCGACCGGAUGUUGACGGACCGACAAAAGUACGGCACAGGUGGGAAGGGAAAAAAUGGAAGCCUGGCUGUGAUGUCUGGAGGUGUGACUGGAACAGGAGCAGCUACGGGAAUGGACAUCGACAGCAUGGAGGAUGCUAACGAUGAUGAACAUCAAGGCCCCAGCGCACCGUUGUUUCAAAGCACCGGCUGUUCUUCAGGAUCUUCUGCAGCUGGGAAAAGUUCGAGCAGUAUGAACAACGUACAAAACAUCGGCGCCGCUCAAGAACCACAGGUGAAUCUCCCCUCCUCUGCAAAAGCAGCGCUCUCCGAACUCGACCGGCUACUUGCUUUGGAGGAGGAACAGGAGCGGAAAGCGGAGAGAGCCGCGCGGGCAAAAUUUGGGAUCAAAAGCGGCCGCGGCCUGUUCGAAGCUGCAGAGGCUGCGGCAGAGAUGAACAGUGCGAAAAGGAGGAAAAACAGCUACGAGGAGGAGGAGGAUUUUCUUUGAAGGAGCUGAAACUGCGACUAGUACCACGGUGAUUUUUACGUUGAUUGCUAACUCAUAACGGACGAGAACGAGCGCUAGCAAACAAGCGACAGCUGUUCUUCCGGAGCUAUUUUUUACGACGCCAAUAUCCUCCUUUCUAUCGACGAAAAAUGCAGCGACAAUGCACAUAACCACUUCAGAUCAAAAUUAUGAAAGAAGGGCAUAACCGAACCAGUGACACGGGUGUGCUUGAU